AUGCCGUUUAACGCGCAACUUGCAGUGCCUGCAAGGCCAGCUCUCAGUACCAGUAGCAGCCGACCAGAGGCGAUCCAGAGCCUAUUUCAGAGCUCUGUGUCGCCGCUGGUGACGCAGCUGCUUGGGGAGAACCGUCCGCUGAGCGCGGGCCGGCAGUACGAGGUGUCCUGCCAGACGGUGGGCUCGCGGCCGCCGGCCAAUGUCUCCUGGUGGCGCGACACACUGCUGCUAGAGGGCGCCAGAGACACUACGAGUGGGGACGGCAACGUGACGACGAGUACCCUGUCACUGUCCCCUGUGGCUGACGACUCUGGACGGCAACUGUGCUGCAGGGCUGCCAACAUCCUGCUUCCGCCGCCAGAGGUCAGCGAGCAGCUGCACGACUGCCGGACACUGCACGUCCGCUACAGUCCCAUCGUGGACCUGGAGCUGGGCAGCAAUAUCAACGGCAGCGCCAUUCGCGAGGGCGUCGACGUCUACUUCGAGUGCAACGUUCGCGCCAACCCGUGGAUCCAUAAAGUCGUCUGGAGACACAAUGGUCGGCAGCUGCACAGCAACCCGAGCGCCGGCACGCUGCUGAGCAACCAGACGCUGGUGCUGCAGGCGGUCAAGCGGCAGCGCACGGGUCUGUACACGUGCGUCGCGAGCAACUCGGAGGGCGACACCGAGAGCAACGCCUUCAACCUCGACGUCAAGUACGCCCCGGAGUGCGUGCACGGGCAGCAGCGCGUAUGGGGGGCGGCGCGCCGCGAGACGGUGUCGGUGCCGUGCCAGGUGGAGGCGCGGCCGGCGGCCACGCUCUUCCGCUGGGCCUUCAACAGCAGCGCGGGCGGGCCCAGCUCGACGCCGGCCGCCGUCACCACGCAGCCGGGCCGCAGCGUCGCCACGCACACGCCGCUCAGCGAGCGCGAUUACGGCACACUGCUCUGCUGGGCGCGCAACGAACUCGGCACCCAGCUGCACCCCUGCGUCUUCCUCGUCGUGCCUGCAGGGAAGCCGGACCCGCCCCGCGACUGCCGCGUGUCCUCUCGGUCCACGACGUCGCUGCAGGUGUCCUGCACGCGGGGCUCGGACGGCGGGCUGCCGCCCCAGCACUUCACGCUGGAGCUGCUGGCCGGCCGCGGCGGCCGCCUGGUGGCCAACGUCACCAGCCGCGCCUCCCCGGAGUUCACCGUCGCUGGACUCGAACCCGGCACCACCUACCACCUCCGCGUCUACUCCAGCAACGGCAAGGGCCGCAGCGACGCCGCGGCUGAGCUCAACGUCACCACCCUCCGGGCUUCGCAGCAACACCGGAGGAUCGAUGCUGGUGAGGAAGAGUCAAACUCCCAGGAGAAUAUUCCUACACACCAAUAUUCAUUAACAUGUUACUCUUAG